CUCCACUUCCUCCAGGGAGCUCCAGCCGCAAGACUCCCAACCACGGGAUUUCGAAUUCAUGCUGCAUCACAAACUGGAUCGCUGAAGAAGUGCUGCCACAAUCUCGGAGCAGAGAGGAUGAGCAUAUGGUGCAGACGCGUCGAGUGCUGCACGGUGACACAAUCCCUCAAGCGAGCAAAAAACAUAUCUCGUAGGCGUUCGCUCGUGACUGACUUUGGGUGUAUCAAGACCCACCUCGUGGGCCAAGGAAAGGAUGGAGUAAGACACUUACGCGCCGUUCCUUGCGCACCCCGGCAGAAGGCUUGAGGCCAGCUGCAUCAAAGCCUCGAUGGCGUGCGCUGAUUCGAACAAGGUCCCACGAGGACCCUCUGACUGUCCCACGAGGACCCAAGCUCAGCGCUGGGUCAGCAGCAGAAAAACAGGGAAGGCAACAAACUAAGCACCGUGAACCAAACACCAAAGGAACGCUCGCCUAACCCCCUAAGUGGGCAUGGGUUCCGUCUCCUUCGAGUUCCCCAGCCCCCAUCCGCACCUGCCUGGGGAGGGCGCGCUGGGAGCGCUGACGUACCCUGUCCCAGUGGGGGUGGAGAUGGCUCUGGCGAUGGAAACAGACAGGGUCGACUGCCUGCGCUCGCGCCUAGGCCGCUUGGGCCGAGAGAGGCGCGCGGAGCGACUUGCUCUGCACACGCGGGCGGCAUCGCCGAUCCUUCACCCAAAACACCCCCCCAUGAAGCUCGGAGCUUGUGCAAAAAGUGCCGAGGCGAAGGCCCCUCUGGCUCUCGACAGGUCCAGGGCCUUGGAGGAGGAGGAGGAGGAGGAGGAGGAGGAGGAGGAGGAGGAGGAGGAGGAGGAGGAGGAGGAGGUGGACGGGCUGAGGCCCCUGAACCUGCCGCCCCCCAUGGCUCGCCGGUUCUGGUGCGCGGGCGACCAGGCUUUCGCCAGACGGUGCCGAGCGAGGCCCCGCACCCGUCACACGACAGAAGGCUGCCCCCGUUCGCCCAGAAGCGUGCCGCCGCUGGUGACUGAGUCGAUUCCCCCCGCCCAGGGCGAGAGGCGAUGCACAAUAGAACGCAUGACCCUGGACGAUUGCGACCUCCUCGUUGUUGGAAACAGGCCAGGCGACGUGGCCGCGUCUGCGAUAAAAUCUCCAGCCAGCCAGGCGUCCGCUCAGGGCCAGCACCGUGAGAAGGAGAACGGUGGGAGAGCAAGGAGGGGGGCGCAGAAGGAGGCGAGGAAGCCAUAAUCACAUCCAGCGCUGCACGCUGCACCGCGGUGCCGAAAACAAAGUUCGCUGUGAAGUGCGCAACGAUAACGAAUUAUCUGGGGAAGCACUGGAUCCAAGCCCGUCUGUGCAAGCGGUGAAACAAGGCAGUUGGCACCGCCCUCGGAAGACCACUUCCCAUCCAUCCCGAAGGGGAAACUCACCCGACCAUACAGACGAGGGCCCCUUGGCCACUCCCUGUCAUCCCUCUGCGCUGCCACAGGGCGGACGUCUUCAUUUGGAAGUUGAUGCCGUCUGCUUGCUUCGCGCGGCCGAUGCUGACGGUCGCAGUCCGGCGCGCGCACCGCUGGUCGAUCAGAGGUAUGAGUCGCCGCGCCUGCUCGUCAGCGAACGCCUCGAUCUCGGCCAAUUCAGCGUCGUCCUCCUGCUCCUGCUUCGCACCUGGGAACGCACUGGCGUCGCCGAACACAGCCGUUGCCGCGCUGUGUGGAGCGCUGUCUUGCCACACAGCCGAAGCUCCCAGCCAGGCUCUGCCCCUGGCGGGAGAGCCCAGCCCCGCGUCGCUUGCGGUACCCUGGUCGCCCCGCAGCGCCUGGACGAGCUCUUCUGCCGAGCCAGCGGGGCCGAAGCACUCUGGAGCCGUGUCGAAGGUCACGAUCUUUCGCUUCGCUGCUCCAAGAUGUGCUGAGCACGACCGCCAAGCCAGUCUUCCUCGCAGAUGCCCGCCAGGCCCCGCCGGCGACGCACCUGUGCGAGCGGCUAUGGACGGAACUGCGGCGACUGUGACGGCGGCGGCGCUGUGCAUCCUCCGGCGUUUCGGUGUACGGGCCGGCUUCACUCUUCCAGCCCAGGUGAUUUGAGGCAACAUGGCU